AUGGCUCGUCCCUUUGACAAGAUAAGUGAAAUUAAUGAAACCAAUGCGUUGUGGAAGUUGGCCGUCAGAAUACAACACAAAUGGAAGGUUGCGACAUCUAACCUUGAACAUUUUGAAAUGGUGGUGAUUGAUAAAAUGGGCCAUGAUGUUCACGUGGUUGUUUCAUCCAUGUUGAUGAAAUCAUUUGACGCUGUGUUGUUGGUUGACAUUAAUUACGUUAUUGGGGUGGUGGAUGAAGUAGGCUACACACAGAAGAAAAUGGGUGGGAAGAAAGCCCAGGUUAACUUGAUCUUACGUGAUUUGGGGAAUAACACACUUCAUUGUACGUUAUGGGAAGGAUAUGUAACAAUUUAUUCAACUUCAAAUAAGAGAAUUUCUGGAAAAUACACAUGA